AUGGAAGCCUGUCCGUACCUGGGGGAAGAUGUGUUGGUUGAAAUCCUGACGAGACUGCCCGUAAAAGCUUUGCUCCGUCUUCGGAGCGUAUGCAAAUCGUGGAAGUCGAUGAUAGGCAGCCCCGAAUUCAGGUCCUUGCACCUCUCCUCAAAGCGCCACUCCUCCAAAGUGUUGCUCACCACAAAAUACCCUCAACUCCGGGGCCCUCACGAGCCUGUAGUAGAGUGGUACCUGUUGCUUGACAACGAUCACCAUCGCCCUGCCGACUCUUCCUGGUUGGGGCCUCUCGAUUUCCCUUUCGAAUACCCACGCUUCACCUCUCCCCACAUAGUCGGCUCCAUCAACGGCUUGAUAUGCGAAUCUCUGUCCCCAACGCGUGCCUCAGAUGUGCAAGCCGUCAUAUCCAUCAUGCUAUGGAACCCUACCAUCCGCAGGCACGUCUACCUACCGGACCUCACCUUGACCAAUUCCAAACCAGAUGAAUCGUCCAUGGAGUUUGGAUACGACCCCACCACAGACGACUACAAAAUCGUGGUCCUUACACUCCCUGCAGAGUUCAACGUCUAUUCGUUGAACUCAAACGCGUGGCGCAGAGGUAAUUUGCUUGUGCACCAGUGCCCCGACAGCAAAACAUUUCGUAGCACGGGCGCUUUCGUGGGAGGCAAGAUGCACUGGCUCCUCUGUAUGGCAGAUUAUGAGAUGGGACCAUAUUGUAGCAGCUACAGCCUUUACUCGUUCGACGUGGCGGAAGAGGUUUUUGAAGAGGUGGCCUUACCGCCACAGGAUCCUGUCGCGUUUAGUUUUCCCCGGGUUACUGUACUGGGGGACUCGUUGCUUGUGGGACUCGCCUCCAACUGGAACAGCUCUUGGACCAUUUGGGUGCAGAUAGCCGCCGGCGGCUGGAAGAAAAUGUACACAGUCAAGGACCCAAUGAGCCGGCCGACUGAGUUUGUGUGUGUUUUGAAGAAUGGGGAGUUGAUCAUGGACAGGUGGCCAGAUGAUGACAGUAGUGGCUUAUCUGCACACGACCCAAGGGCUAGGCAGUUUAAGGACUUGGAGCCCUUGCCUUUCUCUCAACUACGACAAUAUGGGGGUGUGGCGUCUCUCAAUGAUCACCAAGAGAGUCUCGUCCUCCUCGACUGCACACCGGUUGCUGACCCUCGGUCUAUGUCCUGCCAACUUUCAACACAAGGAGAAAUGGCGGAUCAGCUUACUGACGACCAGAUCUCUGAGUUUAAGGAAGCUUUCAGCCUGUUCGACAAGGAUGGGGAUGGCUGCAUCACGACCAAGGAGCUUGGAACUGUAAUGAGAUCCCUCGGCCAGAACCCUACCGAAGCCGAGCUCCAGGACAUGAUCAACGAGGUCGAUGCCGAUGGCAACGGGACCAUCGAUUUCCCCGAAUUCCUUAACCUAAUGGCCCGCAAGAUGAAGGACACGGACUCUGAGGAGGAGCUUAAGGAGGCCUUUCGUGUAUUUGACAAGGACCAAAACGGGUUCAUCUCGGCAGCCGAGCUUCGUCACGUGAUGACGAACCUUGGCGAGAAGUUGACUGACGAGGAGGUUGACGAGAUGAUUCGGGAGGCUGACGUGGAUGGGGAUGGCCAGAUCAACUAUGAGGAGUUUGUUAAGGUCAUGAUGGCCAAGUGAGGUGUGGACAUGGAAAGGAAUGGAUGAAAGGGGGUUCGGGCUAUUGGAAUGGAUUUUUUUUUUUUCCCUUUUAUUUGGCUAUUUUUGCUCUUUUGUGGGGUUUGUGUUUUUUACCUUUUUUUUUCAUGGAUUUUACAGUCCUUUUGAGUAUUUAUUAAUGUAAUGGCCUGGAUUAUGAAAUUCUAUGACUCCUUUAAUUGUCAUCUAAUAUUUUGGUUCUGGUAAAAACAAUCACUUUCAACUCAUGUCAUGUUCUCCAAUUUCAAUAUAUUUUACACUCGAUGCAUGUUAUGCUUUCCAAUGCGG